AUGACUGCCUCGGAAAUGGACUGCACCAGUAGCUUAAUAUUUGCCCGACAGCAGAGACCAGGGGACAAUGCUGAACGAGAAGUGAUCCUUGACCGAUCGACCAUUCUUCGUUCUUCCUUACACCGAGCUCUGGCUCGGAGCUCGCCAGCGGCGGUGUCUCUCCGAAGCCUUCACAAGAAAAAUAUUUAUCAUCAGAACUUGAGGCCAGAGAACAUCCUCCUCAGUACCCGUCACGUCGCCUUCAUCUCUGACUUUGGCGCUGCGUGUCUACUCUCUGAGGGAUGUGACAAGGUGGACACGUGGACAGCUGCACCUGGUUUCCGGGGACCCGAGGCGGACAAGGAGGAUGGUCAGCUCUGUCCAUUCCAACUGGACACCUACAGCCUGGCUGUCAGCAUGUGGCAGGUACUGUCUGGUCUGUGUCCAGUCAAGAACAAGCCUUUGGAUCACCUAGACAACAUUCCCCCACAGUACGCUUCCUUGUUGAGGAACCUUCUUCUUCCGGACCCCGACAUGAGAUGGACCCUGGACAAGUUCCUCACUGAGGCCCUGGAGCUGCACCCGGACCUGUCCUGUUUUCUCUAA